GCAGUCUGGACCUGUCCUGUUUUGAUGAUGAACCCAGCCACACUGAGAUGGAUGAAGACAAUGUGUUGUUGACCAAUAAAAACAGCUUUAGUAUUUCCAACACCAGCACUGAUAAGAGCUUUGUAGUACUGGGAUUUAACAGAGGAGUGGGGGGCUUUAUAAUAAAAAUAUGGGAGUGAUACAGUUGUUUCUGAACAGCAAGACAGGUUUUACUACAAAGCUGCUCGAGUUGACAUCCCUCAACUUUGAGUAGACGUAGCAGAGGAGAAAACCAGGGAGUGGAGUGGGAAAAAGAAACACUUCAAGUUUUAAAGGAGCAAGUGAAACCAGCGGAGUAUAGAGACCAUUGUGGUGUGCAAUCAGUUCAUCAAGAGAGGAGGAGUGACUGAUAUGGAGAAGGUAGUCUAUUCCUGAUGUGAGUCAUGAGAUUGUGACAGGAGAUGAUACGUGACUGUUUAGCUGUGGAAAAAGUUAAACUCAACUUGAAUGAUACCAGCAUGUGAUCUGCAGUGGAAAAAUCAGCAGCAGAUCGGUUUUCAGGAGUUACACAUGAGCAGCAGACCAGGUCCAAAAUAUGACCUUUGGAGUGAGUGGAGAAAUCAACAUGCUGUUGAAACCCAAAGUUGUCCCAAAAUAUGGUUGGGCCAUUUUACUGGAAGAAGGGCUGAUCAAACUACACCUCCCAGCAUUCAUUGCAGUUCUGAUGUCACAGACAAGGAUGAUGUAAGCAAGGCAGCACAAACUUCCACGUCACCAUCAGAGUCACAGUUAACUUUAUUGGCCAGGUUUGUGCCAUAAAGAAGGAAUUUCACUUAGGUUUCCACAACCGCAACAUAUCAAACAUGCAGCAACAUGCAGCUCAUCAGAGAGAGAGAGAGAAAAUAGGGAAGGCAGGUUGUGAUAGUGUGAUAUAUGUCAAUUGCUUCAAACAGAGUAGGAAGAAAGUGCAGGAAAGAGCAAGGGAGAAGCAUGGUAAGUGAAUAAUGGAUUUAAUGACCAAGAACUUACAAACAAGCUGGACAAGAUCCACGGCAGGACAGGAACAAGGAGCACACAGGGUAGAUCUCAGAAUGGGAACAGGGAGUUAACGGGGUCAAGACGAGGAGAUAACAUGAGGAACCGGAGACAAACAGUGAAAAGGGGAGCAUAAAUACAGAGGGAGUGAGAGUGUGAAUCAAUGGACUAGGAGGGGAGCUAAUCAGAAGAAUCAGAAACAGGUGGGAACAAAGGAGCCUGAACAAUACAGGAGGAGAAUGAUUAAUUAAACACAAAUGAGCAGGAAAGCAGGGAGGAAACAGGACAUGUCUAAAUAAACAAAGGGAAUAAAGAGAGGAUAUAAACAAGGGGAAACCAAAUCUAUAAAGAAUUAUAACUAAACACAUCUAACACAAGAAUCCAGGAAGAACCAAAAACUAAACGAACAAAGUCUAAUAACCUGAGAUACACAGAGAGGAAUCUGGUUGUGCAGGGAAAGUAAACACAAACCUAACACAGGUGGAUCAUGACAUUGCCCCCCCUUAAAGGUGGAUACUAGAUGCCCCUACAAAGUCCAUGAAAUUCUAAAGGUUGGCCAUGGAGUGAAGACUUUCCUCAGAAAAGGUGGUCUGGAGGACGGCCACGGAGCAUAGAGGACCUUCUGGGAGCCAGGAGUGGCUCAACAGGUUUUGAACCACAUAGGAGCUCCGGAGACUUGAACCCAUGAUCUGCGAUGGAGCCCUGAAGAUCUGUGGUGGCAGAGCCCUGAAGAUCAGCUGAGGGGGAUCCCUGAAGAUCUGCGGUGGCGGAGUCAUGAUGAACUGCUGUGGCGGAGCCCAGAUGAUCUGUGGUGGUGCUGUGGUCAAGGUUCUGGAAACUGAGGCGGUUCAUCCUCGAACCCCUCACGGAAAGCAGGAACAGGUAGGAAAAGGAACGUUCUUCCUCAUGAAGCGGAAACUGCAGGAGCCAUCAUGGCUUUCUUCUUGGCUCUGGGUUUGGCUUCAGGAGCUGCUGUCUCCUUCCUAUUCAGAGCACUGGUUUAACUGGGACACCUUCAUUUUACUGCUGGCCGAUGUGUUUUUAAUGGACUGGAUUUUCUGUUCUACUUAAAACAAUCCUCUAUAACUGGAUUUACUGUCAGACUGGGUCUGACUGUGAAGAUAUGUUGACUGAUGUGAUGCAGAAGAUGAACAAGAUGACAUCUUGCAGAAACCCACUUGGACCUGACAUGCUGUCUGAAGUGACCCUUAGGAAAUAAAUACUUUUAAACUUCAAUCUCUACCAAUUAUAGCAAACAUCCAAAGGUCAGCACACAUUAAGUCUGCUGUCUCUUUAAAGAUCAUUUCAUCCAUCUGUCAUGUACUAAAUGUGUUUAAAAGAGAAUAAAAAUGUAGAAAAGCAGAAGCAGCAAAGACACAGCAUAAAAAUAAAACAAACAAAAAUCACAAAGAAAAUCAACAUUAAAAAAUAAAAAUGAAUGAAAGAUUCAAAAGUCUUUACAAUACAUGAACCUUCAUUCAUUCAUUUUUAGUUAUUUGGUCUUGAGCACAAAUUGUUAGGGUUAGAGAUCAAUCAACAAUCCAUAAACAUACAAAAGUACAUUUAUUAUUUCAGAUUUAAUCCAUAAGUGUUACAAAUAUCAAAAAGGUGGGUUAGGCUGAAGCUAUUCAGCUUAUAAGUGCCUACCCUUUGAUUCUCCAUUUCAGAUAAACCAUUCGAACUUUUUUAUCUCACUGAACCCAACUGAAAGCUUGAUAAGACAAAUGCUGAAAGAACCAGAGUUUAGUUGGUUCCAGCUAUGAAGACCAAAUCUUUUCUUUGAUAUGUUUUUUUAAAUCAGUUCUUUGUUUACCAGGAAGCCAGUUAAUAGGGAUACUUUAAGUGCUGUAGAUUGAAUUAUUAUUAUUGAUUUAUAUCAACUUAUAUCAGGUUUAUUUACUGACUGUUUUAAUAUUCCAACAAAACAUGUCAUUGUUUUCUGAUGGACUAGAUAUCAGAGCAUGAAUCCAAGUCAGGAAGUGUUCUGGAUGUUUGAAAGAUGAAAAAUGUAAGUCUGUAUGAUGUUGUGUGUGUGAAAACAUCACAAUCUACAGUCACACCUGGUUUUGACUGAACAAAGGAUCAUUCAGAUGUUUAGGGUUUUCAGCACCUUGAAAAAAAUCUCAGUUGCAGGUGUAAACACCCUAAGCUAAGGACUAAAACAUAAAAUCCAAACCAAAAAGCACAGAAUGGGACAACUACUAAGAGAUUUAAUACAAAGAAAUGCACUGAUAUGGAGGAAUCCUAAUGAGAACACCAAAAACAAACACAACCAAGAACAAAAACACAAAUAGCUGUAGAUCAUGACACUACCUGUCUGUCAUGAUUAAAGCCAUGCCCAUAUGCACAGUUCAUUUCACCUUGCUCGGGUGCAGCUUUGCUCAGUUGUCCUUAAUAAUCUGCUCAUAAAAGACAUUUUCAGUCCAUAUAACUACUCCAGAACCAAACUCCGGUUCCCCUUCAGGUAAACAGAGAAUUAAAUCUCAAGCCUUUGUUGUAGAGAUAAAGGAGGGAGGAGGAGGAAUUUUAGGGUUUUUUUGACCUUCAGAGUAAAAUCCUUCUCUUUGAUGCUUUUAUUCUGAAGACUGUAACAGGAAGAUGCUUUUAUUGCGACUGCUCUUAGAGCAGUUUCAUAUAUCAGGAUAAAAAUAACCGCAGAGACAUGCUGCUCUGUGUGCUGAUAAUCUGUGUCUUUAACUUCGUCAUGUCUGAAAACAAACAGAUUUCAGUCGACUUUGAGAUUUUUGGGAACGUGCAGGGUGUUUGCUUCAGGAUGUACACCGAGGAUCAAGGUCGCAGUCUGGGACUCAGUGGCUGGGUGAAGAACACCCGACAGGGGACUGUGAUUGGCCAGAUCCAAGGACCUGCUGAUAGAGUCAGCAACAUGAAACUGUGGCUGAAGAACGUCGGCAGUCCAAGUUCUCGGAUUGACCAAGCUAUUUUCUCCAAUGAGAGAGACAUUUCCAAACCAGAGAUCCACGGGUUCUCUACCCGCUACUGAGCAUGCUCUGACAGCUCUGCAGUUACAAGAUCAUCAACCUGCAGCUCAUUAACAGUUUCAGCUGAUUGGUUCAUGAAUAAUUGUUUAAACACUGCAAAGGAUACAAACAAAAAUCUCAAACUAAAAUUAUUUCAGCCUAAUUUGUAAACUGCCAGCAGAUAACAUUGCUCCAGUUAAAACACGUUCAGUCAAAUAUUAAGAGUCGGGCUUUGUAAGGGCAUCUCAGGAAGCAUCAUAUUUGAUGAUUCUUCUCUAAAAAUUGUUCAAUGUAGGAUUUAAAUGUCUUUUUCAAAACUGUAUUCAUAAGGAUUUAUGGAUAAAUAUUGUAUAGUAUCAAAAUUAAGAAAUAAAAUAUCUCCUUUUUGUAAACUCUUUACAAA